GGCUAUGAGAGUAUACAAAUACAUAACUAAUUAAUUCUUGCCUAAACAAGCCUGCAAGAAACUGCAAAGCUAAAUCAAAUCCCUUUCUUUUGUUCUCACAAUGAACCCCAACUACAGCAAAAUGAGAACCAUUUCUUUAGUCCAGAAAAAAGCAAAACCGGGAAAUAAUGAAACACUAGUCUUUAAUUUUGAGGGUACUCUGUUACGAUCCACUUCAUUGUUCCCUUACUUCAUGCUGGUUGCUUUUGAAGCUGGUGGGGUAUUAAGAUCUCUCAUCUUGUUUCUUUCAUACCCUUUGGUGUGGUUGGUGGGUGAAGACCAACUUGGCUUGAAGAUCAUGGUUUUCUUGAGCUUCUUUGGCCUCAGAAAGGACACAUUCAGAACAGGAUCAGCUGUUCUGCCAAAAUUCUUCUUAGAAGAUGUUGGAUGGGAAGGCUUUGAAGCUGCAAUGUGUUGUGAGAAGAAAGUGGCAUCUAGUAAGUUGCCAAGGGUCAUGGUUGAAAAUUUCCUGAAGGAUUAUUUAGGGGUUGAUGCUGUUAUAGCAAGAGACUUGAAGUCCUUUAAGGGUUUCUUGUUGGGAGUUUUUGAGAAUAAGCCAAUUAAAAUCCCUUCAUGUAAAGUUAAUGGAGGGACUAAAGGGAGCAACAUCAACAACAGUAUUGAUAUUAUAGACAACCAUGUUGAAUAUAUUGACCAGGAGGAGCUUUUCCAACUAUUCAAGGAGGUUUACAUAGCUGAUGAGAGGAGAAAUUGGCAUGUUCUUCCAAGAGAGAGGUACCCCAAACCAUUGAUUUUCCAUGAUGGAAGAUUGGCUUUGAGGCCAACUCUUGCAUCUUCUGUUGCUUUGUUCAUUUGGUUACCCUUUGGACUAGUUCUUAGCCUCCUCAGAUUUACAAUAGGCAUAGCAUUACCCCUCAAUGUAUCUGCUCCAAUAUUGGCCCUCACAGGAACAAGAACCACAGUUUCAAGACCCCAAAGUGCUUCUUUGUCUUUGGUCCACUAUGAACAAAAUCAAAAGGGCAUGCUCUAUGUGUGCAAUCACAGAACCUUGCUUGACCCUCUUUAUGUUGCAAUUGUUUUAGGAAAACCACUUUCUGCAGUCACAUACAGCUUGAGCAGAUUGAGUGAAAUAGUGUCCCCCAUCAGAACUAUAAGACUAACAAGGGACAGAGUGAAAGACAGAGAAAUAAUGGACAAAAUGCUGACCCAAGGCAACCUUGUGGUGUGCCCUGAGGGAACAACUUGUAGGGAACCUUAUUUGCUAAGGUUUAGUCCUUUGUUUUCUGAGCUCACAGAUAACAUUGUUCCUGUGGCUGUUGAUGUUAAGGUUAGCAUGUUCUAUGGAACAACAGCUAGUGGGUAUAAAUGUUUGGACCCCUUUUUCCACUUCAUGAAUCCAAAUCCUUCAUAUUUCAUAAAAUUUCUUGGGAUGUUACCACAAUCACAAACAUGUCAAGGUGGUGGAAUGCCCAAGAUUGAAGUUGCCAAUUUCGUGCAAAAUGAGAUAUGCAAUGCUUUGGGGUUUGCAUGCACCAACUUGACCAGGAGAGACAAGUAUUUGGUCUUGGCAGGUAAUGAGGGUGUGAGCCCAAGCAAUGAUUGCAACCAGUAGUAGCUACAAGCUUGUUUUUUCACCCUUUGAACAACCCUGAAGAUUCUUCAUUGGGAUAGUGGUAUGGUGAGAAAUUUUACAUGUUAAAUUGUUGCACCUUUUAAGUAUCAAAAUUUUAACAUUAUGCAAGACAAAUUCUAUUUGUACAUUACUUCUGUUCAACUAAGAGAGAAGUAUGAAAAAGAAAAUAAGUGUAAGAUAUGAUGGAUGAUACGCAAUGGAGAUAUAUAGAAAAUAAAUAAAUUGUACUAGGUGUUAUAAAAUCUGUGUAUAAAAACAAUACAAUUCAUUAUGUUUUAUAUAGUAUUGCUUGUGUUCUGAA